AACAUGAAAUAUAUGGAGAACAGGAAUAACGUAACAGAGUUUGUUCUACUGGGGCUCACAGAAAAUCCAAAGAUGCAUAAAAUCAUCUUUGUGUUUUUUUUUGUCAUCUACAUCUUCACUGCGGUAGGAAAUAUGCUCAUCAUGGUCACCAUUACUUCUAGCCCAUUACUGGAGUCCCCCAUGUACUACUUCCUGGCCUCUCUCUCCUUUAUUGAUGCUUGCUAUUCCUCUGUCAAUACCCCUAAACUGAUCAGAGAUUCACUCCAUGAAAAGAAGACUAUCCUAUUCAAUGGGUGCAUGACCCAAAUUUUUGGGGAACAUUUCUUUGGAGGUACUGGGAUCAUCCUGCUUACUGUGAUGGCGUAUGACCACUAUGUGGCCAUCUGCAAGCCCUUGCACUAUACAACUAUUAUGAACUGUGGAGUGUGUCACCUAUUAAUGGGAGUUUCAUGGAUGGGAGGCUUUCUUCAUGGAUUCAAACAGAUCCUCUUCAUAUUCAGAUUACCCUUCUGUGGUCCUAACAUCAUAGAUCACUUUAUGUGUGAUCUGAACCCUUUGCUCAAUCUUGCCUGCAUUGAUACCCACAUUCUAGGGCUCUUUGUUGCUGCCAAUAGUGGAUUUCUCUGUAUGUUAAACUUCCUCCUCUUGAUUGGCUCCUAUGUGGUCAUCCUGCACUUUCUAAGGACAAAGACUUUGGAGACUAGGCAAAAAGCCCUCUCUACCUGUGUAUCCCAUAUUAUAGUAGUUUUCCUAUUUUUUGUGCCCUGCAUAUUUGUGUAUAUGAGACCAGCAGCUAUUUUACCUAUCAAUAAAGCAGUUUCAGUGUUCUACACUAGGAUAACUCCCAUGUUAAAUCCUUUCAUAUAUACCUUGAGAAAUGCCCAGAUGAAAAAUGCUAUUAGGAAACUCUGUAGUUGGCAAGCUAUUUCAAGUAAUAAAUAA